GGUACUUUGAUCACCGCGUCAACACAGUGUUUCACAAACUAGGCCAAGAUGGGCCUAAGGCGUGAUCACAGGAAGUACCUUACGAGUCGCGAUGCACACCCGUUGAUGCUGACCACACGGACUGACAUUACCCGGCCAGGCCCAUCGCAACAGGAUUGCAAUUUUUUUGCAUUGUAAUGUCGCCCAUUUCUAUAUCAGAAAAUUCAUUGUCACAGAGCGCUAGAUUGGAUCAUCAUGAUAUAUAGUGGGCUUCUGGAAGUCCCCAAUUAUUGUACCUUCAAGCCCGCAGGAUUCCUAGUACCUACCAUUCCUUUCUCAGCACCUUCUUGUUAACAUGGGCCUGGACGAUAACCUGGUUUAUCACGCCGACAUUUUAAUUUUUGGUAUUAUCCUCAUAUUCACCCUUGCCAGUCUCCCCCGAGCGUAUGCUCGUCUCAGCCGCAGGUCGGAAUGGUCUCAAGGUCACUUCCUUCGUUCAAUAAAACCUCUCCCUGCUACCACGCCAAGGUUCAACCCCACGCGCACCCCUUUAGCCCCCGUUGAACCUGAGUCCUUUGUGGAUCUUGACCACGGGAACUCUUCGACUGCCUGCUCCCCAUUACCGUCUGAACACCAAAACAGUCUAACACAUGUCGUUAAUGAGAAAGCCCUGCCAAAACACCCAAACCAUGGCCCUGCUGUAUCAUCUAUCUGGCACCACGUGGCAUUUGUGUUGGACUACCGUGUUCACGAAAACUACUCCGUUAACCAAGUUCUCCUGAUAAUGGUGUACAUCAUUAUUAUAUUCUACGUGUCUUUCUACCAGUCAGACCCAUUUACGGACCCUCACCGAGCCGGAUUUGUUAUUGCUUCUCAAAUUCCUUUCGUAUAUGCAUUAGCCACCAAGAACAACAUCAUUGGCAUGAUGGUGGGCGUUGGAUAUGAAAAGUUGAACUUUCUUCACCGCUUGGUCGGUAAAGUGAUGGUCAUCGGUGCAAACGUCCACUUCAUCGGCUAUGUCUAUAAAUGGAGCCUCGCCGGCGACAUCUAUAGUAAGCUUGCCGAGGAUUAUGUUCGCUGGGGGAUCGUCGCGUUGGUAUGUUUAGACAUCCUGGGAUUCUGCUCCACCGACUACGUCCGGUCAAAAUCAUACAACCUGUUCAUCACAUCGCAUGUCGUGAGCCUCAUCAUCUUCUUAUUCGCUGCAUGCUACCACGAGCCUACCUGUGUUCCCUACGUGGCUGCUGCAUGUGUAUUUUAUAUACUAGAUCACGUCGUUCGCGCCAUCAAGACCCGCAUCACUACGGCUAAGCUGCAACCUCUGCCAGAGCUUGGAAUCACCCGAGUUGAGGUGCCUUCAAUCAAUGCAGGCUGGCGUGCAGGGCAGCACGUCCGCCUACGUGUGCUGUCUUCAUCUAUGGGAUGGUGGGGAUGGUCUGAAGUACACCCUUUCACCAUCGCAAAUGUGGCAGAAACAUCGGAAGGAAUGGUUCUUAUGUGCAAGAAGACUGGCCACUGGACAGGCAGUCUUUUCAGUAUGGCUCAAACGGCCUCUUAUGGUGAAACCGGCAAGGAAGUCGGCCGUGAUGUUAGAGUGAUGGUGGAGGGCCCCUAUGGUGGCGUGGGACAUACUGUGAUGUCGAGCUAUUCCGGUGCGGUGUUUACUGUUGGCGGGAGCGGCAUCUCCUUUGCGUUAUCGGCAGUGCCGGAUCUGAUCCAGGCAGCCACGGGCGUGAAAGUCAUUGAUAUCAUUUGGUCCGUCCAAGACCCUUCAUCCCUCACCCCUCUACUCCCCCUCCUUACGAACCUCGUACAACAAAACUCUUCUACUCGCGUAAAUGUGCACGUAUACUACACCCGCGCAAUUAGCACGUCAUUUCAUAGGACGUACCUCCCGCAAGGUAUCACCAUCCUGCCUGGCCGUCCCAAACUCGGGAAACUACUCGAUCAAGCGAUCACGAACACGAUAUCAGCUGGGGGCUCUAAUGGUGUGUUCGUAGGCGUCUGUGGCCCUAUAUCGCUGGCGAAUUCCAUGGCGCGUGUGGUGCGAUACUCUGACGUUCGUUUGUGCACGGCUGUGGGUGGAGUUAAGCUCCACGAAGAAACCUUUGGGUGGUAGAUCGGAUGUAUUUUGCGGUGUAGCCCGUUGACAGGCUAUGCAACACUCAUUUGUUGUAUUGUUAUGGGUUUUUUAUUCAUUAUCGAUUGGGUAUGAGCUCUACUUGUAGAUGUUGGAGCUCAAUUUAUUGGCUGGUCCAUGGUGAAUCAA